GUUUGUAACAACAUGAGUUGAACACAGUAUUACACAGCUGUAAUGGAUUUUAUCGACACAAACGAUGAAAAUGCGCCACCAGCAGUGCAAAGAGAAAGGAGUGAAUCGCAGCAUUCAGAUGAUUCGCAAUCGGAAAUUUCGUCAAAGGCUCCAACAAUUGAUGACUUUACCUUGGAUAAACCCAUCAGCAGGGGAGCAUUUGGGAAAGUGUUCUUGGGCCAUAAAAAGUCACGUCCUGACAAGGUGUACGCCAUCAAGGUGCUCAAGAAGGCGGACCUAAUUAACAAGAAUGUUGUGGAACAGGUGAAAGCCGAAAGGGAUGCCAUGGCCUCAACUUUCUGUCCUUUUAUUGUGAAGCUCUACUACUCUUUUCAGUCAAAACAGAACAUCUACCUGAUUAUGGAGUACCUAAUCGGAGGGGAUGUGAAGAGCUUACUGACAAUCUGUGGGUUUUUUGACGAGGACAUGGCUGUGUUGUAUGCUGCUGAGGUAGCUCUGGCUCUGGAAUACCUGCACAAACGAGGCAUCAUUCACAGGGACAUCAAACCAGACAACAUGCUAAUCUCCAGGACUGGCCACCUCAAGCUCUCUGACUUUGGCCUCUCAAAAAUCACAUUAAAACCUGAGGUUAUCCGCCAGGAGACAUUAAUGACCCCAGGUGGGGGUCUAGUGGCCUCAAACCAGCAAGAUUACAGGACCCCAGGACAGAUUCUCUCACUAGCAAGCUCACUGGCUUUUACCAUCCCCCACAAUGCUAAGGUGAAGCAGAUACGAGGGUCCGGGGCUGGCUCUCAGGGCAGCAGGGCUUUACGUUCCCAUGUGAGUAGAAGCCCCUGUUUAGGCGGUACCCCCAGAGGAAGUCUAGAGAAGAUGAUAGCCUCCCAUGACCGUAGUACACGGCAGUCUCUAGUCAAUCAAAUGACCCCUCCUGUUAAAAGCUUGACUCCCACACUCCUGGAUUCUAUGAACUGGCUCAGCUCUACUGCCAGUGAUGGUGUCCUAGGUAAUGCAGCCAAGACCUCUACCCAAAACCGAGAAGAAGGCAGACAGCCAGGUGACAGCACUGCUGGUGAGGAUGAUGUGUUUAAGGAAAGUAACUUUGCCUUGCACCACAGCCUUAACCUAACAGGCAGUGAGAAAAUGAGAUUCCUCUUCUCAAACGUAAAGUCUCACGAGAGUGAGGUGAUCUCCUCUCCACACUGUGAUAGCCAUCUGAAGGCCCCCGCCAAACAGGAGAGCAUCACAGACAACACUCCACAGCUGCACAGGACCAAUGAGUCACUGUGGACAUCGUAUGCGGCACGCAACCUGCGUAGCAUGAGAGAUGGGUCUUACUCAGAGGAGAAUGAUGAUGUCAUCGGUUUUUUACACAGCCCUCUCCCCAAAACCAAAAACGCGUUUAUUGCUCAAGCAAAGUCUGACCUGUUGUCAUCCCCACGGUGUUCUAGUCGCACAUCAGACAAGUCACUGUACAGUUACCUGUCGGACGAGGAUGAUGAAGAGACGUGUCCACACCCAGGCUCAGGUACCAGGAAACGAGGGUUUUUCCAGGUAGACACGGAGUCUGCCAGCCACACGGGCAUGACUGGCGUGUUUGAUCGGUUACAGGUAGACAGUGGACAACGUGCUAAAAAGCGUAUCCUGUCAGUGGAUGACAAGCCAGUGGACAUGCUGGUCAGUUCUCAGGGGCCAUGUGAUGGAGCUGUCGAGAUGAUGGCCGAUGUCCGACGGGAUAUCGGUGAUAACAAUGACUGCUUCCAGAGCCCCCUUCCUCCCGAGAGAAAACUGAACUGGGAUAGGGGUUACUCCAUGAAGAAUACCUGCACACCCCUGAGAGAACACAGGGGUAGUGUGGAGAGUGUAGCGACUCCAGGGGACCAGCCGAUGGGCAGGGCUCUGACAGACACCUCACCCCCUACAGAGAGAGCCAGUGAAGUCAGCCCAGAGCACAAUCUACAUGUGCCCAUACAGAUUCACCUACCUGAGGGGACACAAGAAGAGAAGGUGUGUGAUGCCCCAAUGCCCGCCCCCAUACCCACCACCAUACAGAAGAGAGCUCGAUUCUGCAAUCAGCCUCACUGCCACUCACCCGUCAGGCCUCUGCCUAAGUCUUUAUCAGCUGUGGUAGCUAUGACUCCAGACGCCUCCUGGCCUUCACGGUGUACAAGUUUUUGGACACCAAAGACCCCUAUUGGUGCCUGUAAGAAGACCCCCUUCAGGACCCCCAAAAGUGUUCGCAGAGGAGUGAUGGAUGAGGACAAGAGGAUUCUUGGAACGCCUGACUACCUAGCCCCUGAACUCUUACUACAGCAAGGCCACGGUCCCGGUGUUGACUGGUGGGCCCUUGGAGUUUGUCUGUUUGAAUUCCUCACAGGAGUCCCACCAUUCUGUGACUCCACUCCAGAACUUAUCUUUCAGAAUAUUCUUAACAGAGAUAUUCCGUGGCCCGAGGAAGAUGAAGCAUUGUCAGAGAACGCCACACAAGCCAUCUCAUCCUUACUCACACAUGACCCCAAAUUGAGAACUACAGCCAGAGAUCUGAAGACUAUGCCACUAUUCUCAGAGUUGGACUGGUCUCAUCUGCUGGAUAUGGAACCCCCAUUUAUGCCUCAGCCUGAUGAUAACACAGACACCUCCUACUUCCAAGCGCGUAAUUCAGAGCAGCAACUGAAAGUUUCAGCAGUGAUUCCAUAAGCCGCUGUGAACCGCAGUGAGUUCAGAUGGAUAGGCAGACCUGAUGUACUGAUGUGGUCACAGCCUAGCACAGCAGACUGUUCUUGAAGUCAGCCUGGAGCUGUAGUCAGAUUGGAUACACAUACAUGUAUAUAUAUAUUCUGGUGAGGUUUGGCUGAGUAUACAUGCAUAUCCAUGUGCUGGAGAGGUUAGAGGUUAAAUCCUUAAAUAUCCAUGUGCUAGUAAGAUCAGAUUCUGAAGUAUCCAUGUGCUGCAGAGAUCAUAUCCUAAGUCAGCCAUGUGGUGUUGAGGUCAGAUCCUAGAUGUUCUCAUAUGCUGUUGAGGGAAAAGGUCAGAUCCUAGAUGUUUUUAUAUGCUGAAAGAGGUCAGGUCCUAAAUGUUGUCAUGUGCUGCAGACGUUGUCAUGUGCAGUUCAGGUCAGAGAUCAUAUCCUAGAUGUUAUUGUGCGCUGCUGAGGUCAGAUCCUAAAUGAGGGUGUGAGCUGCUGAGGUCAGAUCUUAGAUGUCAUGUGCUGUUGAGAUAAGAGAUCAGAUCCUAGGUGUGGUCAUAUGGUGCUGAGGUCAGAUCCAGAUGUUGAGAUCAGAGAUCCGUGCCUUAUUCAGUGGUUUGAGUGGGCAGCGAUAAUCACAUACUGAUAAGGUCCCUAAACCUCUUAACAUAUACAUUUCUUGUUCUGUUGUAUAAUAUCGUUUUCUAAAACAUUUCAUUGCAUAUACAAAGAAUAUAGACAUACAUUUUAGCCAUCAUAUGCUAGUUAGGAGUGUGUGGUUGAGAAAGACAUUUAUGUUUGGUGCUGUGGAUCCAGUGCUAGUGUUGUAUGGUAUUUUAUUGACUGAUAUUUUUAUCACGUUGUGAUUCUGUAUCAAAUAGACCAUUCUUCAAUCAGAUGUGACUAGUGGUGCUAUCUAAUGGUAAUGUAUUAUUGUAUCAGCAUGUAUUUGGUCCGUAAAUAUUGACAAGCUUCGUCAGUUUCGUACAGCCUUCCUAAUUUUUUGUGCACAUAACUACAUUUUUAUUUGGAGUGUGAUAUCUACAUUACUGCCAUGGUUUUUGAAAGUAGACGUGAAUCUAAAAGUGUUUUGUUCUAUAGAAUAAGUAAGUUUAAAAGAGCAAAUAGCAUUAAUUACUAACUUGAAACGUGUAUUGCGGCAUUUCUCAUAUGAUUGUCUGGUUGUGGAUUCAUGUAUAAAUAUGUAAAAUAUUAAUUACUGUUCAGAUAUUAGCUUGAGAUUAAAGUUUUAGUGUAAUUUCAGCAACAGUGUACAGAACAGGGCUAAAAUUGUAUCCUUAAAACAUCCAAAUAUUUAUUUAUUUAUUUUUUGACAGACCAUGAAAACAGGUUUAAGCAGUGUACAUGUACCGUGGUGUGUACCACAUGCUAGUAACAUUGUGGAAAUCUUUCUUGUAUUCAUGUAUAAAUAUUAAAGAUAACCCAGAAGGUAUUAUUGCCUGUGAUAUUAGAGUAUAUGCGUUAUAUGCCAUAAUUGUCAGCUACAUGUCUUCUGUCCUUUUAAAGGUUGUGCAAAGUUUUUGUAUACAUAUCAGCUGUUAUAUCCUGCAUCACGGUAAACAACUCUGUUGAUUGUAUUUUAAAUGGUCUCCUUUUUAAAUUUUUAGCAAGUAAAGUGUAUAAAUUUGUCAUACAUCUUAUUGUGCUAUUUAGGAUAAAAUGUUUUAGAAAUGACAAAUUUUAUGUUAAAUCGUCAGUGUAGUCAUCCGUUGUCUUCGCAAGGGUUUAAAUUAUUGUAUCUUUGCUACCCUACGUAAAACUAGUUAAUAAUUGACACUAGUUCUGCUUUUAAGGUACAGAUUUUUUUUUACAGCAACUUAAAGCUGCUGAAGAAUCCUUAACCUGUAAUGAUAUUAUAUUAUGUAAAUCGCUCUUUUUCGUUAAAGUAUUGAAGUGAAUAAUCACGCUCCUUUUGGGUAGAAUGAAUUAAAAUUUUAAAGUGAAUGUACAUUUAUCAUCACACUAUGAUGAUGUCAUGAGAUCUUGAUGUAUGUAUAAAAGUUAUAGGGAAAACGUCAGUCACUUCAUAUGUAUGAAAGGGGUUGUUAAUAAAGAUCUUUGACAGAUAUAAAUACUA